AUGUCGCGCAACUACUGUUUCCUUCUAAUCGUCGGUCUUCUUCUAUCGUCGUCCUGCGCCUCCAAGCAGGUGGAGGCGGCGGAGCAAACACCCUGGACCGUCCACGUCCCGAAGCCUGACGGCGCCAUCCAAAGCCUUACCGUCGAGCGCAUCCCGCUGCCCCACGGCAUCACCGGCGCCGAGAGCCUCGCCUUCGACCGUAGAGGCCAGGGGCCCUACGCCGGCGUCUCCGAUGGCCGCGUUCUCCGGUGGGACGGAGACGCCAACGGCUGGACCACGUUCGCGUACAACGCCAACUACAAGAACAAUCCUAUCUGCAUGGAGCCCGCACGGCGGCCGGAAGACACGGAGAGCAUAUGCGGCCGCCCGCUCGGCCUGCAGUUCCACGCCAAGACCGGCGAUCUGUACAUCGCCGACGCGUACCUCGGGCUGAUGAAGGUCGGGCCGGACGGCGGCGAGGCCGAGGUCCUGGCGGUAGAGGCCGGCGGCGUGCCCUUCAACUUCACCAACGGCAUCGACGUCGACCAAGCCACCGGCGACGUCUACUUCACCGACUCCAGCACCACCUACACGCCCGCGCGCAACACGCAGAUCAUGAUCCACCGCGACACUACGGGGCGGCUGCUCAGGUACGACGCCCGGGCCAAGCGCGUCGCCGUGCUCAAGGCCGGCCUGCCGUACCCCAACGGUGUCGCGCUGAGCGCCGACCAGACGCACGUCGUGGUGGCGCACACGGGGCCGUGCCAGGCGUUUAGGUACUGGAUCAGGGGGGCCAAGGCUGGCCGCUACGAGCUCCUCGCCGACCUGCCGGGCUACGCGGACAACGUCAGGCGAGACACCAAAGGAGGCUACUGGUUCGCGCUCAACAGGGAGAAGAUCAACGCGACGGCUCCGGAGCACCUCGUCGGCGUCCGGGUCAACAGCAAGGGCGCGGAGCAAGAGGUGAUGACGGCGCCUAAGGGUGUCACGCUUAGCGACAUCGCAGAGAAGGACGGCAAGUUAUGGCUGGGAUCAGUGGAACUCGACCAUGUCGGCCUAGUUAAUUUUAAAUAA